UCCACCAGCUCAAAAUCCUGCUCUGUAAAGUCCCACGGAAUUACAGAAUGGACAGCGCGUUCAUUCUAAAGAAUAAUCCUCCUAAAAUUGCCGGAAUUUGCGUUUAUUUUCAAUUACAUUAACAACGUGACACCCUCGCGUGGCGAAAGCUAAUAAAUGAUUCGGUCAUGGAGAGAGGGGCUUCUUUUGGAUUAUACCGGUGUUGUGUGUUAUUCGCGGUAAUUCUGACAGUAUUUCCAUGCUACUGUCAAGGAAAUUGGAUGUGGCUGGGAUCUGCAGCCAGUGGAGUUACGGAGAAGAUGGGAUGUCUAGGUUUGCCUCUUUCAAACAAACAGAAAGAUCUAUGCAAAAGGAAACCCAGCCUUUUGCCAGCCAUUAAAGAAGGAGCGCGCAUUAGUAUCUACGAGUGCCAAAGUCAGUUUAAACACGAAAGGUGGAAUUGCUCUAUCACUAAUGAUUACUCUGUGUUUGGCUAUGAGCUAACCAGUGGUACUAAGGAGAGCGCCUUCAUCCAGGCGGUGAUGGCGGCGGGGCUGGUGCACUCGGUGACGCGCGCCUGCAGCGCGGGAAACCUGACCGAGUGCUCGUGUGACCGGAGCCUUCGGAGCGGCGGCUCGGCCGACGAGGGCUGGCACUGGGGCGGCUGCUCGGACGACCUGCAGUACGGCAUCGCACUCAGCAGGAAGUUCGUCGACGCGAGCGACAGACCGGUGGAGGGGGAACUUGGGGCGGACAAGGAGGCGCGGACGACCAUGAUCCUGCACAAUAACGAGGCGGGUCGACAGGCUGUGUCCAAAUUGAUGUCCGUGAACUGCCGUUGUCACGGUGUGUCUGGCUCGUGUGCAGUGAAAACUUGUUGGAAAACCAUGUCUUCCUUUGACAAAAUUGGCCAAUUCCUUAAAGAGAAAUAUGAACACAGUGUCCAAAUCCUGGACAAGUCAAAGAAGAAGGUUCGUCGCAAAGACAAGGAGCAGCGGAAAGUGCCAGUGAACAGGGAGGACCUGGUGCACAUUAAAAAGUCACCCAAUUAUUGUGUGGAGGAUAAAAAGUUAGGCAUCCAUGGAACUCGGGGGCGUCAAUGUAACCGAACCUCUCCUGCUGCAGAUGGCUGUAACCUGCUGUGCUGUGGACGGGGAUAUAACACGCAUGUUGUCCGGCAUGUGGAGCGAUGUGACUGCAAAUUUGUGUGGUGCUGUUAUGUGCGCUGUCGGAGAUGUGAAACAAUGACUGAUGUACACACCUGCAAGUAGCUUCAAGGCAUCAAUAAAAAGUCAAAUAGAACAAGGGAAAAGCUUUGCACCAAAGAAGCAUGAGAUCUUAUUGGUUUUAAUGAACAAUUAACAUUAAACAAAUUUGAGCAAACUGUAAUAAAACAUUUGGAUGGUCAUGACCUUCAGUUGGGUAGAAAAUAUAUACAAUAAAUUUCAAUUCAUAUGAGCUCAACAUCAACGAGCAAAAGGAUAAGACCAUCACCACUUAAAAUAAUUGUUUGGUCUCUCAAAUUGUAGAAAAACUUCAAAUAAAAAUAGUCAAAAGAAAAAACUCAGAGGAACAGCACAAGUACUGGAAAUACUAUGGAGACGCAAGCACUGCAUAUACUGGAAUCUGGAGCAAAAAAACAAACUGCUGGAGGAACUCACUGGGUCAGGCAGCAUCUGUGGAGGCAGAGGGACAGUCGAUAGUUCUGAUGCAGGGCCUUGACCAGAAAGGUCAACUAUCCCACUGCCUCCACAGAUACUGCCUGACUUGUUGAGUUCCUCCUCUUUUUUUUUUAACUAGAAUACUAUAAUUAGAAGCAUUUUUAGCAGAAAUUGUAUAAAGUAUCAUUUUAACAUUCCAAAUUAAAUGCUUGAAAACUUUGUAUUUUUAUAUAAGUAUAGCAUAACUUAUAUAAAAUGGCUGCUGUACUUUGUUAAACCAUAGAAUAAAUUUAAAACUACGAAGAGGUAGCAUUGUCUGAAGUUGAAAUAUUAUAUUGACUUCUGGAAGAUAAAAUCUUCUAAAUUACUGAUCACUGAUGGAAAUGGAAACAUUGAGACACUGUAUUUCGGUUGCAUGGCAACAGUGUAUCUAAAACUAUUACUUACAAAGUAAAAUAAUUUAACUUACUAUGGUGUGUUCUAAAAGAAUAGUGGUUCAUACCUAUUGGAAAAUAUAUGUACAGAGAAUUUUA